GGUAGGCUAUCUUCCAUCCAGACUCCAGAGUUUUGUUGGUAUCUUUCAUUGUAGUCAUCAUUAUGAGGGCUCCAGUUCUGGUUGUGCUUGUCAUGCUGCUUAAUGCUUUAGUCUAUGAUGUUUCCACCUCUCCGGUUAAAGGGGUUUCUCCAAGCAAAGGCAAGGAUCAACAAAAAGAUCAACAGAUCCAGACCACAGCCACUCCACAGCAGCCCAAAGAUUCCACUUCUCUGGUGAAGGAUGUUUCUCCAGGCAAAGGGAAGGAUCAACAAAAGGAUCAAUUGAGUGAAGAUGAUGUGCCUGCUACCACCGCACACACUACUUUGAAUGAAACCACACCAGAAUCUACAGAGCAUAGAAGAGAAGCGGAUGGGGCUGAUGGCCAAGGUGAUGGUGAUGGCCAGGCUGAGGGAGAUGAUGGCCUAGGUGAAGAUGACUCUAAUGACCAGGGUGAGACCAACAGCCAAGGUGACGGCAGCGAAGAAUCUGAUGGCCAGUCGUCUGAGGACUCUGAUGGCCAGUCGUCUGAGGACUCUGAUGGCCAGUCGUCUGAGGAAGGUGAAACAAAUUAGGAUGUGGUGUCCAUUGGAUGAGUCCACACUAGAGUCUACAGGCUCUUCUGCUCCUGGCUCAACUAACUAGACUGGCACGUCCCAUUGCUGAAUCUUGACUUUAAUUAAUGUGUGACCUUUUGUACAAGAAAUAAAAAAGGGAAAAUCA